AUGGCACAACGCGCAGCUCAAAUCGCGAACCAUCUGAACUACCCUAGCGGCCUCCUCGCUGGACAAGUAGCUAUCAUCACUGGCUCAGGACAGGGUAUUGGUGCCGAAGCAGCUCGACUCUUCGCCAAUGAAGGGGCCAAAGUAAUCGUAUCUGAUAUUGACGGAGGAAAAGCAAAUGAGGUCGCAGACAAGAUUAACAAGUCUGGAGGAAAGGCCCUUGCUGUCCCUGGCGAUAUGCUAGAUGCCCAAUACCUCAAGACACUCGUGAAGAAGGCUGCUGAGUUUGGAAAUGGGAAGAUCCAUAUCAUUGUGAACAAUGCGGGAUACACUUGGGACGGCGUCAUCCACAAGAUGACCGACAAGCAAUGGGAAAACAUCAUCGCCCUCCACAACACCGCACCCUUCAAACUUGUUCGCGAAGCAGCCCCUUACUUCCGCGUCACCGACGGCGAGCCCCGCUGCAUAAUCAACAUCUCCUCCACUUCAGGCGUUCACGGUAACGCGGGACAAGCCAAUUACGGCCUCGCGAAAUCAGGAAUCAACGGCCUGACAAAAGUCAUUGCUAAGGAAUGGGGUCCCAAGUUCGGUGUUCGAGCCAACUCGAUUGCGUUCGGACAUAUCUUGACGAGAUUGACGGCUGCCAAGGAGGAGGGUGCAUUUGUAACUACACCGGAUGGUGAGAAGAUUGCGCUCGGUAUACCGAAGGGGCAGGGUAGCCAAAGCAAGGAUGCGAAUUUGGAUAUCGCGUUGAGGAGACCUGGGACAGCUACAGAGGCUGCGAGCUCGAUUUUGGCGGUUGCUAGUCCGUUGUUUAGUUAUAUUACUGGACAAGUGCUUAUGGUUACUGGUGGGAGGAAUAUGUAG